ACAUGGUGCUGCCUAACGGAGAGCUGAUGGAGCCUGAUGAGAAAAGCAGGAGGCGAGCCCCUCCGGUUGCGCGUCAGCAUCUCCUCAAAUAGCAAUCCGCUGCUGUCACUUGUGUUCCACAUACUGACAGACGGACGACCACAACCCCGAAACAACAAUUAGAGGCGAAUUCCAUCUGGCUUGCAGCUGUAUUUUUUUUUCAUAUGAUGCCAGAGAAGAAGAGUAAGGUGAGGCUGUGAGGAGGCUACCGCUCUGCAAAGAAUGAUAGUGAGGAUCAAGGCGCGCUGUCCCGGGAGAACUCAUCGGAAGAGCUGGCCCUGAGAGACCGGGAUGCUCCUCUAACGCACCUGGGGGCUAGUUUUCCAGUGCAGACGGUCUGUGUGGCAGAGUUUGAGCCCUAGUGGAAGUGAAUGAGUGAGCGUGAGGAGGCGGGUGUCAUGGACAGUCAAGGGAGAGAUGUCGAGAACCCCACCUACCAAAACCUGCUGCUCCUGGGAGCCAUCGCAGCAGCAUCCGCCUUCGUGGUCACCAUCCUGAUCGUCCUCGUCUGUGUUGGCUGCCAAAGAAAAAGCAAGAGCAAGCACCCCCCAGCAGGAGAGAAAGGGACUUCUGUAAAUAUGCAGGGCACCCUUAGACACCCGAAACUGAACUCCAUGAGCAAAUCUGACACCAAGCUGCACGAGAUCAAUCGCUUUCCCUGCAAUGGAAACUUUAGCAAAAGUCGUCCAGCCAGCAUGGACCUCCUGCUACUCCACAGCCGGCGCUCACAGACAGACCUGAGGCCCUCCCAUGGGCGCCAGCUUCCCCAGAUCCCCACCAGUCCCCAGGGGUCUAACCAGGGGGGAGUAGGGGAAGUAGGGAGUGAUGGGGGAGGAGGCGGAGGAGGAGGAGGUGGUGGUGGUGGUGGUGGUGGUGUUGUUGGAGGAGGAGGAGGAGGAGGAGGAGAGACAAGAGACCACACCUACACAGAGGUGGGCAUAAGGAACAACCCCACACCCAUCCACUGCCUGGAUGAUGGCCUGUAUGAAAGUGUUGGUGUCCGGGAAGGAGACACAGGCCCCAAAGUUGUCUCUGCACCACCUUCCACAUCUUCCAACAGCACUCCGACUUCAGUCAGAGCUGCACAAAGCCCCCCAGCUCAGACCAAUGGAGCUCGCAGUGGGAACGGGCCUGGGAACGGUGGCAGAGGGAAUGGCAGAGGCAACGGCACCAUAAACGGACCGAUGACAGGAAGAAGUAAUGGUGCGAGUGCAGUCAAUAUGUCCCCUCUAUCAUCCGUCAACUCCCUGGCCAGCCAUGAACCAACUGCAGCCGAAUACGCCUCCAUACGGAAGUUCAGAAAGGUUGAGAAGACAAACAGGAAGGAGAACAACGGGGCCGACAGCCAGUCAGACAGCCAAUCGAGCGUGAGUGAUUCACCCUCUGCGGCUCCUCCUCCACUACAUCGCAGUCAGGAGUUUCCACGGAAACCUCUGGAACCGUUUCACCUUCACUCCUUCCCAAAGGAGGCAGUGUUCAUGGGCAAUGGAGAGCAGUACAUCUGGAAGCCUCCAGAGGAAGAUGACAUCAUCACCCUGCACCCACCUCCACUCCGCGGGGAGAAUGGACAGGGGCACCCAUUGCCUCCAACUGCAAAGGAGAUUGCAGACACCUACUCAAUCGUCUGUAAAUCCCAGAGGAAGAAACCUCCCAUGGAAAACAAUGGGGCAAAGACCCUCCCCCGCUCCUUCGGUGGAGGUGCCCGUGGCCGGGGCCGAGGAGUCCAGGCCCAGGCGCGCUCUCAAGAGGAGCCCUGCUAUGAGCCGGUGGGGGACAGGUCCUGGUCUUCAUGUGCGAUGGCUGAGUCUGACCCUGCUUACGCCACCAUUGACCCCCACCGGAAACGUGAGCAGGCAGGAACCAAUAACAGCACAGCUGGGGGUAAUGCCACAUUGAAGAGGAAGAAGCAGACACAACCUCAGCAACAGCAGCAGCAGCAGCAACAGCAGCAGCAACAACAGCAGCAGCAGCAGCAGCAGCAGCAGCAGCAGCAGCAGCAACAGCAACAGGCAGCACCAGCGGCACCUCAGGGCUCAGGACCCGCCGCUCUGCCUGCUAAAGGCCUCCCAGGUGGGGAAAACUUCUAUGAGACCAUCAGCGACGUGAAACAAGGGGGCAACAGCUCCAGCACCACCACCAUCUUCACCUUCAAUGACGGAAUGGAGAUGUACGUCACCGGCCUGUAGCUGACUAGGAGGACCUGCUGGUACAGAGUCAUGAACGGGACCCUCCUGUUCACCUGCAAACAGGCUGCUGUACAUAGAUACCAGACCCUCUAUGGACAAACAACAUGAGGAUCCACUUUAUGAUGGCACAAACAGGUACAAACAGGGUCUUAAUCCAGGUUCAGACUUCCCUUGAUUGGUCUGUACUUCAGAACCAGCCUAAGCGUAGUCCAGCCCAAAUAUGGACCAAACGUGUUUUAAAUAAAAAAAGAAGAAAACUGGAAUAUACAUCUCAACCUACCGUGUCACUGACAAUACUCACCUGUUUGUGCAUCAUUUUCCAUAAUAUCUUUAUUUUUAUAUGAACACUGUACUCUUUGUAGAGUAUGUGGUGUAACUCACAACCUUUAUUAUAUAUUAUAAAAAAUAAAUGUGCAUGCAUUGUGCUUACACACACUUAAAAAAAACAUGAGUAGCAAGGACCCUGGGUAUGGUAAGAGUAUGAGACACACAGUUAGCUAUUGUCACCCAUAUACACCCACACUUGCACACAUAUAUGCUUCAUCUUUUGGGGAUUUAUGUAAUAUAAGCAGAUGGAUGUCACAGAGAUUUGCGGUGCUUAGCUCUCCCUAAGCAAACAUCUGAAACAGGUUCUCUGUGCGCACCCGCCUGUUGCCUGGCAGACAGCAUUGUGCUGCUUUAUUCAAACACUGGGCCCAGUAUACGAGACCUGCUUCAACUCAGAAGUAAUAAAGGCUGUAAUCCCCGUUUCACAAAUUACCAUUAUUGUGCUCUUAACUUAUCAGCAGUUAUUAGUAACAGUUCUCAUGAAAACUAUUAAAAAUAUGAGUUUGAAUCAAGUUGUAAACUUCUCAUGAAUUAUGAGAUUAGUUGACAAUCCCAGCUAAUAUUUGGCAAACAUCUGUAGCCAGAGGCAUCAUGACACACCCCAGCACUCCCACACACAGACACAAACACACACACACACACACACACACACACACACACACACACACACACACACAUAUUCAGAAAAGUCAUGCAGGGUAAAGUGACCAGGUCAGGGGCGCUGAGGUUGUGUAAAAAUUUCCCCAGAAAGAUGUGGGCGUGAGAUUUCACAAUGUGAGACCUUAAGUAUAUAACAAUAAGAAAGUAUAAAACAGCUUUAUAAAUAAGAGAAGAAUAUUUUUUAAAAAUUAAGGAAGUGAAAGAGUAUCUGGGUAUGCACCCUGUGCAGUUAAUAUUCGAUUUCCUUUGGGCGCUGUAAACAUCUAAUUUUAUGACCAUCGUUAUUUUGCACUGGACAGCUGCAGGACUAGCUUAAUUGCGCAUUAACAUGCUGUAAAGGGCGUUUCCCAGCACAGUUCUGAUUCGCUUUCUGGUCUCAAGUAAGAGCCAGAGCUCCCUGCAGCUCAGAAGACUUAAGUCUGGUGGUUGAAAUAGAAGCACAAGGUUGAGACUCCAAAGAAAAUAAGGAGCUGGGCAUAAAAAUUGCCAGUGAGUGUCCUUUGGAAGUUUGCCCCUCGCCCUUUCCCCAUCCUUGUCUCCAGCCUCUGCACUGAAUUCUCUUCCACUGUAAACAAAGGCUUUCCCGUCCAUCUUUGGGGAACAUUAAAAAAAGAUAGAAGAGAGGAAGGAAACAAAAUAUUAGACGCUUGAUAAAGAUACAAAAGAGAAGGGGGGGAAAGGGAUACACACUGCUCAUAGGUUGAGAGAUGCAUCAUAAUGAUCUCACUGUGAGACAGCCAUGCAAGGAGAAGACGGGUUUAGAAAGGUUAGUAACAUAAAUCUAUAAAAUGCUACUGUGUCAGAGAGUAUGUAAAAACAAAAUGCACUCUGUGUUUUAAUGCACUGUUUAAUUUUUCUUACUUACUGACAUUGGUUGAAUAGCUCAUGCCACUGCCAUGAAAACAAUAUGUUUAUGUUGUUGGUGCAACUUUUUCCUGCUUGAUCAAAAAAGUGCAUGCUUUGAUAUAUGGAGGUGAAAACAGACUAUUGUGGUACUUAAUUGAUCUCUUGUUUGUUAAUAUUUUCUGCUGUACUUUUUAUGUGAUGCAAGAGCAGCAUUCAGUCCUUUUUUAAAGCUAUAACUUGGAGGAGGAAGGGGGAGAAAAAGAAAGUUAGUAGAGAAGCCAACGGGGGUUUAGGGCAGAGCUUUGUUUAUCCUAUGCUCUUUGGGGAGUGAAAAAAAAGAGGGAUAGAAGUGAGGAGGGGGAAGGAACAGCUAGUAUAAAGCUGGAUGAAGAUCACUGCAAAUGGACACAAACUCCUCCCUCCAAUAUAUGUUUGUGUGCUUGCACACACAUGCACACACACACACAUACACACCUGCAGGCACACAUACACACUGCUACAUUGAGCCAUGUGUGUUUCCAGUUUAAGGGAGGGAAGCACAUUUUGCUUCCACCCAGUCAGCUCUUGCAGAUACUCCCUCCCCCAGCUGUGUUCAUCCUCCAAUAACCGACACAGACCUCUCUCUCUUUUCUCUGCCUCACCUCUCUCCCUCACUUUGCAGGGGAGGGGGCUUUGAUGUCCAGUUCUGAGGGACUCAGGGAGUUAUAAGAGGGUUGAGGGGAGGUGGGGGGUUUGGGGAGGGGCAGAGGCAGAGGCAGUGGGUCAGGCCAGCCCCUGUCUGAUAUCAACAAUGCACCAACGGCUCAACAACUGCCUGAUAUGAGAAAUGGCGAACAGCUGAGACGCUUAACAAGCUCUGCUGAGGCUUCCCGUAGACAAUGCUGGCUGCAAAAUUGCUAUCACACUUAAUCCUUUUUCUCUGGCUGUCACUUUACGUGUCACAUUUUGUUUAUCCUGAGAGAAAGCACUGAUCUGAUAUAUAUUUUGUUGAACACUGUCAUACACUGAUUGAGGCAGAUGUUCAUUGCACAAAUACAGUAUGAUGAUGUAAAUGUGUAAAAUACUCUGUUGCUGUUCUGAUGUUGUUCCAAUGUAACAUACAGUAUACAGUAUAUUUGUUGAAAAAAGAUGGUUGUCACAGACACAUUGUACUUUGUGGAUGCAAAAUGUUCCAUGCUUUCCAUGCAGAUACAGAUGCUGUUUGUUGAUUGUCUUAUCAGAUAUAAUUAUGGGCCAAAUCUGCUGUGACAGCUGUAGCCAAUGUUGUAUGUUCUAAAGCACAGGGUUUAGUUAAAAAAAUAAAUAUUUAACAUAUAGUGUGACAGUGCAGAUAUGCAAAAGAUUGUAAUGUUUUAUAUUAACCUUCAUAAAAUAUUAAAGUGAGUUUUUACUUUUCUAAUAAAGUGGCACAUUACAACAUUUUUGUCA